AUGACUGUCUGUUAUAAGAUUUUUUUGAAGACUUCAGGUUCUUCUUUUCAGUAUGUUACAUUAAUCGCUUUUUCUUUUUAAGUAGUUAUUUCAGAAUCCUUCCUAUUUUUGGCAAAUUUCAUUAUAAAAGUUAAAGAAGUAGAUUCAAAAUUAUCUAAUUUUUCUGAAUCAGGUAAUUUGAUAUUGGUUAUAUGAGAUAGAGUAAUAAAAGAAUUAACAUUUUAAAUAAAAAGUGUAUAAAAAUAAAAUGGUUGUGCAGAUAGAACAGGAGCUGAGAAUUUUCAAUCUUACAAGCAAUUAUUUAGAAAGAAUGAGAUUGAAGACUAGAAAAGAUCCCAAAUAGAACAUGAGUGAAAUUAAUAAGAAAUUAUUAGGAUUAUAAUAAUUAAGAGUAGUAUUUGUAUUAUUUACUUAAACUCCAUCCUUAUUUAAUGGAAGUCAUAGUUCAAAUUUAGAACAGUUUGAUUAAUAUGACGACUAAGCUUUUAGUAAACAUUAUAUGUUUCAGGAUUAUAUGAAUAUACUAAAUCGUUCGCUAAUGGUUUAUCAACAGAUAUCGGGGAUGUUAAUUCCUUAUUCACUGUUGAUUUAUUUGUUUAGGUAGAAUUUUAUUGUAUAAAAAUAAGAACAUUGUUUUAGAUGAAUCAACUGCCAAUCUUAAUAUGA